AUGACCGACGAAGAGCAGAAGAAGAUUGUUGAGAAGUUCAAGCUUCUUCGCGAGCAGCAACAAGAUAUUGCUGCCGAGGUGACGCGAAUUGAGGAUGAGCGACGAGAUCAUAGUCGAGUCCUUGAGAUGCUCAAAGAGCUCGAGCCGGAUCAGAAGUGCUUCCGAUUGAUCAGCGACACGUUAGUCGAAUACACUGUCAAGGAUGUUAUGCCGGAUUUGGAGGCUAAUAUUAACAAUCUCGCCGCCCUUGGAAAACAGCUGAAUGAUCAAUUGGUUGAGAAGGGGAAAGAGCUGAACGCUCACAAAGAGCAGCAUAAUAUUCGGAUUGUGACCGACAAAGAGGCGCAGAAAAUCAAAGCGUCGAUGGCUUCUGUAAUGGACACGAUUCUGUCGUCUGAUGAUGAGGAGGAGGCGGAGGAGCAAGGAACAUCACAAGAGCCUGAGCAUGCUUCUGAUGACGACCAGGAGGAUGAGGAGGAGGAGGAGGAAGGUGUGGAAUUUGAUGGGGAAACGCCAAAGCCGGUGGAGAUUCUUGAAGAAGCAUCGACGACGAAAUUCGGCGAGCUUGGUCUGAGCUCGUGGAUUGUGCAACAGCUCAACACGAUGCACAUCAGAACGGCGACGCCCGUCCAGGCGCACUGUAUUCCGAAGAUUCUCGAUGGUUGCGAUAUUUUGGGUUGCGCGCGAACCGGAACCGGAAAAACGUUGGCGUUCGCGUUGCCGAUCCUUCAAAAACUCGCCAUCGAUCCCUAUGGUGUGUUCGCGUUGAUUUUGACGCCGACCAGAGAAUUGGCGUUCCAAAUCGCCGAUCAAUUCGUUGCCGUUGGCAAACCGAUCACCCUCAAAUGCUCGGUGAUCGUCGGCGGACGAAGUCUGAUUCAGCAGGCCAACGAGCUCACGAAGCGGCCGCAUGUGGUGGUGGCGACGCCGGGAAGACUCGCCGAUUUGAUCGAAAGCGAUCCCGAAACGAUCUCGAAAGUUUUUAGGAAGGUCCAAUUUUUUGUGCUCGACGAAGCUGAUCGAAUGCUCGAAGGACAAUAUAAUGAUCAAUUGAAGCCGAUAUUUGAAGCGCUUCCCGAAAAACGACAAACGCUUUUGCUGUCGGCGACGAUCACUCAAAACAUCAAUCAAUUGCACAAAGUUUCGAAGAAGAAGCCGUAUUUUUUCGAGGACAAGGGCCAGAUUUCGACGGUGGAGCAGCUCGAUCAGAAAUUUGUUGUGUGUCCGAUUGCUGUCAAAGACGCGUAUUUGGUGUAUGUCGUCAAAAAUUACUCGGAACGCAAUCCGAAAUCGUCGGUGAUCAUUUUCGCGCAGACGUGCCGCGAAUGUCAAGCGCUCGCUUACAUGUUUGAGGGUUUGGGAUUCAAUGUUGGAUCGUUGCACUCGCAAAUCGCGCAAAAGACAAGACUGGCGGCGUUGUCUGCGUUUCGUUCCAAGACGCUGAAAGUUUUGAUUUGUACCGACGUGGCUUCUAGAGGGCUCGAUAUUCCGCAUGUGGAUUUGGUUGUAAAUCAUAAUGUUCCGCAAUGCCCGAAAACUUAUAUUCAUCGGGUUGGACGAUCAGCGCGUGCCGGAAGAUUCGGUUCAGCGCUCACGUUUGUCACCCAAUAUGAUAUUUUGCUUCUUCAGGCGGUUGAGAAAGUAAUUGGGAAAAAGUUGGAUGAAUUGAAGGUGAAUGCGAAACAUGUCACGAAAUACGUGACGAAAGUGAUAGUGGCGAAAAAGGAGGCCGAAUUGAAAUUGGAAAAUCAGAAGUUUGGCGAGAAGAAGGAGAUCAAUCGAAGGAAGGAGCUGCUGAUGAGCGGGAUGUCUGAGGAGGAGGUCGAUCGGCAGAUUGAGGAGAUGAAAAGCCGAAGAGUGACGAAAUCGAAGAGGAAAUUGGAACAGCUGGAGGGUCAGAUGAAAAAGAAGGCGAAAAAAGUCUGA